AUGGCGGCAUAUUUUUUGCUUGGCAUAUUAAAAGAAAAGGCAACACGAUCACGACCAAGGGUGUUUCGAGACCGAAGUCGAGUACUUGACACGCUCGAUGAUGACAGCAUAAUCCGGCGCUACCGGCUACCACGUCAUGCCAUAUUUAAACUUAUAGACUUACUGAAACCAUAUCUUGCUUCCGAAACAGAGCGUUCCCAUGCAUUGUCCCCGGAAACACAGGUUUUGAUUGCCCUCAGGUUUUAUAGUAAGGGGUCUUUCUUCACUGAACUAGCAGACUUGCAUGGGGUAUCCCAGUCCACUGUGUCACGGGUGUUUACCCGUACAAAUGAAGCCAUUGUCAAACAACUAAAACUUAUUUCGUUCCCAAAGGCAACAUCCGACCAACGUGUCACGAAGGAAGCAUUUUAUAACAUUAGCAGAUUUCCAAAAGUGCUUGGUUGUAUAGAUGGCACCCUCAUACCUAUCAUGCGACCCACCGGGGAUGAAGAAGCGGUUUACGUUUGCAGGAAGGGCUUCCAUGCCGUAAACGUACAAGCUGUCUGUGACGCAGAACUAAGGUUUACAAGUGUGGUUUCCAAGUGGCCUGGUUCAACUCAUGAUUCGUUCAUGCUACAAAACAGCAAGAUUGGGCAGUAUAUGGAGACUGCUGGGAAUGACGGAUGGCUGCUAGGCGAUUCAGGAUAUGCAUGUCGCCCAUGGCUGCUUACGCCAAUAGUUAACCCUACAACACCGUCUGAGGAAUGUUACAACACUGCACACUGCAGAACACGCAACACUGUGGAGAGGGCCUUUGGACUCCUUAAAUCCAGGUUCAGGUGCCUACAUAAAUCAGGUGGCUGCCUGCCGUUCACCCCCCCAAAAUGCCAUCAAGUUGUGUAUGCAACCUGUCAGCUGCAUAACUUCUGCAUCAGCCUAAGAUUGCCAGCUCCUCCUACACAAGAAGACCUGAUCCAAGAAGAUGGGAUAGCUUACCUGGGACCUCUCAAUGACGGCCUCAAAGUCCGACAAGCUGUCGUCAAUAACUGUUUCUCUAAAUGAUUGUAUGAUUAAGAUAAACGACUUUUUGUAACCGAUGAUAAAUGACAACAGAAGCUACAUUAUCAGUAUGAAUUUUUAUAUUUGGGAAAAUUAAUCAAAGUUUAAAGGAACUGAAUAACUGGUGAUACAUUCAGUUGGCCAGAGUGGCCAGCUUCCAGAGAAAUGAUGUAGGCCAAUUUCUGUUCUUCCACAUGUAAUCUCUUUUU